AUGGCCAGAACGAAGCGAACUGCAGCGGAGCUAUUUGAUGAGGCUGAGAGGAAUGGGGCGUCGAAAUCAGCUGACGAAGCCGGCGUCAAUGGUGAUAUGGUGAUGAGCAAGAUUGAGCCCGGUACCACAAUCAAAUACGACCGCAUGCUGGACCUCUGGGACGAGCAUGAGCUUCGAAAUCCCGGCGCCAGUCCUUCCGAUUUAAAGGCCGCGAAAUAUUUCAUGUAUAAAUGUUGCGAGAUCUGGAAAGCCGGCAAGCCUGACUUUUCCAUGCAUACUGCAUGUCAGCGAUGGACAGAGUUUGGCGCUGGUUUGAAGCGGCGACCUGGGAAUGAGAAGAUUCCUGGCGAAGUAUCACAGUCGGUCCGAAAUUAUAUCAAAGGUUCGAUUACGAAGAAAUUGGGCCUUUCCCAGGCACGACGAGAACAGCACUUCCUAACACUGCCCCAUUUUGUCAUCCUUAUCAAGCACAUGUGGCAGAAAGAUUGGCACCGAUACCAUCAUCCGGGAACCAUGGUGUUGGACCAUGCCGCAUAUAUGCUUUUUAUCUAUACAUCGGCGAGAGUGGGGGAUAUUUUCGAGUCAAGUAUGCGUCGCGGCUCCGUGCGUGGAUUACUGUAUAGUGAUGUCGUCUUUGUUGUCUUCAAGAAUGAGGCAGGAAGAGCAGAGAUUGCUGUACGAGCCACUAGGGACGCCAAAGGCUUUACAAACAAGCCCCAUAAAAGGCCACAGCAUGCAAUGUAUGAGGAUAUGGAGCCGCUAUUUGCAAACCCAGUCCUGCCGCUGCUCGCGAUCGCACUCGCGAAUCAUGCCUUCCAAGACUACGACACUUUCGAGGCGAUUGAAGCAAUUCCUCCACGGGAAGAUGGACUCUUGACAUACAUUCGCUUCAAAGAGGAGAUGCAAGAUGUGCCAUUCUUCCAGACCCUGUCCUCCGACGGUCCCACAGGACAGAUCCAGAAGGCGGACUCCUUCAAUAAUCGGAGUGUGCAUCGGGGUCAUCGAGCAGGGUAUGAGGCAAAUAUCACCAUGCAUGCUGUUAGAAGGGAGGCCCUGGUGAAGGCUGAUGAUCAUGGCUAUUCAACGGCGGAAAGAAUGAAAUUCGCCGGCCAUGGGAACUCCAAAACCUUCUUUGGCUCAUAUAUGCCUCCAAUCAGCACGGUUGACGGUCAGUCGAGCUACUGGAACCGUCCGCGGCGCACUGAUUUUCUUGAAGGAUUCCGGGGCCUGUCGCUCACUUACCACCCGCAGAUGUUGCGGUCCCUUCCAGCAAAAGUGGAAGCUGAUCUCCAAGAACGGUCUGUCUUUGUCACUAUCGACCAAGAAAUUAAAUCCCUUGGGGAGAAGAUCCGGGCGCUAGGGUCGGAACGUGAAGACCGGCAGGAACGUACUCGGCGGGAGGAGCUGUACUGGCAGAAGCGCCAGAUCAUGUCAGAGGAGUUGAGCCGCUGGCAGGAAAUCCAAACCCGCAAGGUCCCCUCAGAUCCUGACGGCGAAGACUGUGCUGUUGCCGCUCGGUCAAGCUGGUUUCAUCGUGUCCGAUGGUUGGACCCGCCGCGUGAUCGUCUUGCGGAUAUACUCUUAGUGGAUUCCCCCCUCCGGAGUCCCCAAGGCCGAGAGGCCCUGGAAUGUAUGAUCACCCUUUGCAGAGAGAAUCCUACCGUCGCUUACCGUCCCAGCCUGCGGCCGACGGGCGGCUGCUGUGUGAUCUCAGCAUGUGCAAUGAAGCUAGACAGCCUACAGCCAAACCGUAGAUGGGACCACAUUUACCAAUGCUACCAGGCCGAGCUUCAGAAGACAGAUGGCUUUGCUGAGUUAUGCUUCCAGUGUGACACCUGGGUGACUGCCGCCGCCGAGUGGAAUGACCAUUGCCAGAACCACCUCGAUGAUAUGGAUACGCUUCCGGUUCAGUUUAACCCCCUCACCUUCCGUCACACCCUAGCAGCUGCUGGUCAAUGCCUCUUCUGUCUCUUCAACCGGAAUCUACCCUCCGACAGACGGUUCAAGCAGUACCUGACCAAACAGCACUGGAUAGGGCAUCUUCAGGGACAUUUUCAGGAGUUGCAGGAGAAAUUUCAGUCGGACCAUGGACAAGAUGAGACGAAGACACAGCCCUGUCCUGACCCUCGCUGUGCUUUGUCUUUCAACACUUUUUCUGAAUUCCAGUGCCACUGCAAAGAUAUCCACUGUAUUGAUCGGAUUACGAUUGAUACAGUAAAGCGGUGUCGCCGGAUAAAAGGGAGUGCGGAUGAGAAAGACAACUUCAUCCUCUUCACUGAAUGCAAGACUCGGCGUUGCUCUGAGCAGUGCCUUCCAGAUGAUCAGAAUGAUUUUGUCUCCAAAGCAUCAUCAGACGUCUCUCUAGGCACCCCUGUUGACGCUCAUAUUGCCGUUCAUGUUAACCCAUGUCUCGUCAUGGAUCAAGGGGAAAAGGCGGGCUUGAACUGUAUUGAUCCUCGACUUCGGGAGCCUGUGGUCUGUGGGACUGUUUAA